AUGCCUCCUCCAGCCGAUCCUCACGUUGACGUUCUCAUAAUUGGCGCUGGCCCGACCGGCCUUGGCGCUGCUAAGCGUCUUAACCAGAUCGGUGGUCCUUCUUGGUUGAUCCUCGAUUCGAGCGAGAAACCCGGCGGUCUCGCCUCAACCGACGUCACCCCGGAGGGCUUCCUCUUCGAUGUCGGUGGGCACGUCAUCUUCUCUCACUACGCCUACUUCGACGACUGUCUCAACGAGGCCUUCCCCCACGCGUCGGAUUGGCACACCCACCAGCGCAUCUCCCACGUCCGCUGCAAGGACGUCUGGGUCCCGUACCCCUUCCAGAACAACAUCGCGGUGCUCCCCCCAGAGGACCAGGUCCGCUGCCUGCACGGCAUGCUGGACGCCGCGCUCUCGUCCUCGACGCUGCUAAGCGACCCGCCGCAGACCUUCGACGAGUGGAUCGUGCGCACAAUGGGCGUGGGCGUCGCGGACCUCUUCAUGCGCCCGUACAACUUCAAGGUCUGGGGCGUGCCCGCGACGCUCAUGCAGUGCCGGUGGCUGGGCGAGCGCGUCGCGGUUCCGGACAUCAAGGCUGUUACGCGGAAUAUCGUCCUGGGCAGGACUGAGGCGGGCUGGGGGCCGAAUGCGACGUUUCGGUUUCCGGCACGCGGUGGGACUGGGGGUAUCUGGAGUGCGGUGGCGGAUACUCUUCCUGCGGCGAAUAUGCGCUUUGGAGAGGGGUCUACUGUCGUCGGGGUGGACGCUGCGGCGCACAGGGUUCGCCUGAAGGACGGCAGGUCGAUCAGGUAUGGGAAAGUGGUCUCCACCAUGCCCCUCGACGGGCUCUGCGAGGCGCUAGGUGACGAAGAACUUUCGGGCCUCAGUCAACGGCUGAUACACUGCACCACGCACGUCGUCGGUGUAGGGAUCCGCGGCGCGCGCCCCGCACACAUCGGCGCAAAGUGCUGGCUGUACUUUCCCGAGGACAUCUGUCCGUUCUACCGCGCCACCGUCUUCUCCAACUACUCCCCGCACAACACGCCUGCUGCCUCGACCAGACUACCUACGCUGUGCACCGCGGGCGGUGAACGGGGCGCGUCCGAGGCGAGGGAGGGCCCGUACUGGUCGCUCAUGGUCGAGGUGUCGCAGUCGCCGAUGAAGCCUGUGGACGAGGAGAGCCUGGUCGGAGACUGCAUACGGGGCCUGGUGGACACCGGGAUGCUCAGGCCGUCGGACGAGGUCGUGUCCACGUACCACCGCAAGUUCGAGCACGGCUACCCCGUGCCGUCGCUAGAGCGCGACGACCUCUUGGAGAGCAUACUGCCGGAGCUCCAGGCGCGAGGUAUAUGGUCCAGGGGACGCUUCGGGUCGUGGAAGUACGAGGUGGGGAACCAGGACCACUCGUUCAUGCUGGGUGUCGAGGCUGUGGACAACAUCGUCUACGGGACUGCGGAGGUGACGCUCGACGACCCCGAUUUCGUGAACAGUCGUGUCAACGACGAGCGCCGCCUUGUGCAUCUUCUACCUGACACUGGCCUCGCAGAGAUCGGGGAGGAGGGCAGUGAGUAUGAACAGCACCAAGUGCUUUCACGAUAUUAG